UCCUCCUCCUCCUCCUGCUUAACAUAGUGCAUUUCAACCCCCUAGACACACUCAUACAUAUUUACCAGUAACCAUCAAAAGAGAAAGAGAAUAUUAUGAGAGAGAGAGAACCAAAAGCUGAAAAAUCCUGGAACUGAUUUCUACUUCUUUACCACACUACCCAGCUAAUCUAAGAAGGCGACGCCUUCAAAACGAAAAUCACAAUUUCUGUAAUUUUUUUUAAGUGUUUCGAUUUCUGCUUCCAAAUGGAGCAAAUCACUGCCACUUUUAAGCUUGACGCUUGUGGUAUAAUUUAGAAGAUUUUUUCUUUUUAAUCUCUGCCUUCAAAGAAGUUUUUAAGGUUGUGUUGUCGGGGAUGGGUUGCCGGAGGAUGGUGGCGGGGAACUUGGAUCCGGACAGGAAGAGGAGCGGCGGACUUAGGACGAAGCAGGCGGGAAGAGGAUCGUGUCGGGGAAGUUAGGCCUCUGGCAGAGGAAGUAAGAAGCCGGAAGAACCUGGAGUUGUUUUUGUUUGCAGUUCUUUUUCCUCCGCCGCCGCCGCUGCAAACUGGCUGAUCUUUUUAUUACAUCAUUUCAGUGCAUGUUAGUAGCUGGAGUUUUUAUUGUUGUUGUUUUUUCCUCUACUUGUUUGAUUGAUUUUUUGAAGGCUCAGUCAGUUGAAAGGAGAGCGUGAGAAGAAGUGAUACUGAUAGUUAUGGGUCAUUUGUUGAGAGAAGUUUUGAGGACACUCUGCGGUGUCAAUCAGUGGUGCUAUGCUGUGUUCUGGAAGAUCGGCUGCCAGAAUCCUAAGUUGUUAAUUUGGGAAGAAUGUUACUAUGAAUCUAAGUCAUGUUCUGUUCUUCCAUGUACUUCUGGAAUUGGGAACCCUGAGUUGCCUUUAGGAGACUCUGAAGGAUACUGGGCUUCUGAUUUUCACUCCUCACAGCUCAGGGUUCAAUCUGGAGAAACACUCCAUCUGCUUAUUAACAAAAUGAUGAUGAAUAAUCAGGUUAACGUGGUAGGCCAAGGAAUAGUUGGGCGAGCUGCAUUUACUGGAAAUCAUGAGUGGUUCCGUUCAAACAAGUACCUUGGAGAUACCCAUCCACCAGAGGUUUUAACUGAGAUACAUCACCAGUUCUCAGCUGGCAUGCAGACAGUUGCAGUUAUUCCUGUUUCUUCUAUUGGUGUUGUUCAACUUGGUUCUUCCUUGACUAUAAUGGAGAAUGUGGGAUUUGUGAAUAAUGUGAAGAGUUUGAUCCUGCAACUAGGGUGUGCCUCUGGAGCUCUUCUGUCUGAAAACCUUGUGGCAAAAGAAUCUAUGGAAAGAAUUGGGGUGCCUGUUUCUAUUGGAACGCCUGAUUCUUUUUCUGGUCAUUUGUCUGGAAAUAAGAUGCAUAACUCCACUCUAUUAUUGUCUGGAAUUUGCAAUCAACAAAAUAUCUCACCCCAAUCUUCAAUAAUUGCUCAACCUUCUCAUUUGCAAAUUAGGCAGAUUCAAGAUAAUCUACUAUCUACUGCUUCAACAUUUCGUGCCCUGAAUCUGACCAGAAGUUCACCUGAAUCUGAUGUUGGCUUCUGUGAACCAAAAAUGACAACUAUUAAGCAAGAUGAUCCAUUAAGAGGCCAACUAGUGAAUGGAGUUGUUGGAGCUGAAGUGAUCCCAUCAAAUCCUGAUGCAUGGCUGAACCAGCAUGUUGCUACACUUAAUUCAAAGUCUCUAUUCAGUCCCCGCUCUGUUAUCGCUCAAUCGCAUGCCAAUAGUAGCGUUCUGACAUUGUUGGAACAGCAGGUUUUGUCAGAUGCUAUUCCUCACAAUCUUAUUGAUAACAACAGAAAUGCAUUAGAUAGCUUUAUCACACCUCAAAUGAGGACAAAUGAAGCCCUAAUUCUUAAUUCUCAUGGAGGUUACAUGACACCUGGGAGAGAUUUACGUAAUGGAGUGAGUAGCAAUACAAGAACCACUUCAAUUCCAUGUUCUCUUUCUAAUCUGCAAAAGUCGGCAGAUAUUAAUCACUCUUCCACACAGAUGGCAGGGGUUGGGAUUCAAAAUGUUAAUUCAUCGAGGGCUGAGGAGGUUCCUUUAUCCCAUCUGGUAGAUCAAUUAAGUGCUAGUGGCAUGCUUUCAGGGAUUUCUCGUCAUUGGAACCAUUCCACAGAUGUGAAGCAUGCUAAAAAUUUAUCAAUUGCAAAGAAAGAAAAAAUGGAUGAUGAUUUGUUUCAAGCACUUAACAUCCCAUCAUCCCAACCAGAUUCUGUUCAUGAUUACCUUAGGCAUGCAAGUGAAAGUCAGAUUAGUGCAAAUAUUGAGUAUGAGGAUCCAUGCGCUCAACCUCCAUCUGGGGAUGACUUAUAUGAUAUUCUAGGUGUGGAUUUUAAAAAUAGAUCGCUCAAUAGCAAGUGGGAUAAUUUGCUUACUGAUGUGCAGUGUGCAAAUUCACAUAUGGGUAAAGAUGCUUCAACUUUUAUGAAUGUGCAAGAAGCCAGUUCUGAUCUUUUCUCAGUUAAUCAAGGAAUAUCUGAUAGUUGUGUUUUCUCUGGCAUGGGUACUGAUCAUCUUUUAGAUGCUGUGGUAUCUAGGGCUUAUUCUGCUGCCAAGCAGAGCUCAGAUGAAAAUGUCUCUUGCAAGACAACAUUAACAAAGAUCAGUAGCUCCUCUGUUCCUAGUGCUUCUCCUACCUAUCGCCUUCUUCACACGUCUGAUCAGGUUCAAAAGGAGUUAUUUGACCUGCCUAAGUCUUUGGAAAAAUCAGGGACCAUAGCAUCUGGCUCUUUCAGAUCUGGAUGUGGCAAGGAUGAUGUUGGAAGUUGUUCUCAAACUUCUUCCAUUUAUGGAUCCCAACUGAGUUCAUGGGUUGGCCCCAAUAUUAGGCGUGAUAAGAGUGUUUCAACUGCAUAUUCCAAGAAAAAUGAUGAAUUGAGCAAACCAAAUCGCAAAAGGCUUAAACCUGGAGAGAACCCCAGGCCCAGGCCAAAAGAUCGUCAGAUGAUCCAAGAUAGGGUGAAAGAGUUGCGGGAAAUUGUACCAAAUGGGGCAAAAUGCAGCAUAGAUGCUUUGCUUGAACGUACCAUCAAACAUAUGCAAUUCUUGCAAAGUGUGACAAAGCAUGCAGACAAGCUAAAACAAACUGGGGAAUCUAAGAUUAUUAACAAGGAAGGUGGACUUCUUUUAAAGGACAGUUUUGAGGGAGGGGCAACUUGGGCAUUUGAAGUUGGGUCUCAAUCUAUGGUCUGCCCUAUUAUAGUUGAGGAUCUGAGCCCACCUCGUCAGAUGCUUGUGGAGAUGCUAUGUGAAGAAAGGGGUUUCUUUCUAGAGAUAGCCGACUUAAUUAGGGGAUUGGGGUUGACAAUCUUGAAGGGCGUGAUGGAAGCUUGGAAUGAUAAGAUCUGGGCACGAUUCACAGUGGAGGCAAACAGGGAUGUGACAAGGAUGGAAGUAUUUAUGUCACUUGUUCGUCUUUUGGAGCAAACUGUGAAGGGUGGUGCAUCAUCGACUGCUGCAUCAGAUAUGAUGGUUCAUCAUGCUUUCCCUCAAGCCACCUCUAUACCUGCAACUGGGAGGCCCAGUAGUUUACAAUGAACUGCCUGCCAAACUGUUCUCUGGUCUGCAUAUGUUAAGAGCAAGCCUGUUUUUGCUUGCCAUGACUAACAUGGAUUCCAGUCUAAGCUCUUAGGUGGUUCUAACUUUUACUAACCUUUUAUCUGUCUCCCAAAAAUUAGAUCAUUUCUGACCUCACAUCUUAGAAAAGGGAGAUUCAUCUGGAUAGUUAAAAGCUCUGCAAGAACACUCGACAUUAUGUUCCAGUUUGAUAAGAUUAUUUGAAUGCAUGGAUGAACUAGCAUCCAGAGAAAAAAAUUAGCAAGUUAGCCAGGGAUUACAUCUCCUGAAAUGGUUCAGUCGUAGAUAUUAAGCUCCUAGAAUGUCUUAUUAGUGUUUACUUGACGGGACUUAUCAUAGGAUGGAGGAGGUUUGCGUUAUAGAAGGGUUUUAUGGUUCACAAAUGUAUAGGGGACAUGGGAAAUGAAAUGAAGGGGUUAUCCUUUUUUCUUUUUUUGGCAAGACAAUAUGCCUUCUCUUUUCCUUUUUCUUUUCUUUUUGCUACAUAUUUUUCCCCUGUUAAGUUUUCCUUAUUUGCAUACUGAAAUGUGUUUUUCCUUGUGAACCCUAUUUAAAUGUGUGGUUUGCAGUCUGGAAGACAUUCUGUGUUGUCAUGAUACUAGUACCUUCUUAAUUAUUGUGUCCUAUUUUAUC